UUAAAUCUAGAAAUCAAGCAGAUCAGUCCAGUCUACGCCUGCUAUCUGCAUCAGCGAAUCGCUUUAUUGCCUCUCUCUAGUGCGCUUUUCUGCAUUCGAAGUUCUUGUUCUUCACGGUGGACAAUUCGAGCAGCUUGUUUGCCGAUUCCGCUUCGGGAGGUAAAUACGUCAGAAAUUUUAUUUCUCGCUUGGGAUACGCAGCCCACCUUCGGUUUUCAGCGAUGAGUCGAUUCAGCCUCCUGAAAGUGAUGCCUCCUGAGGUCAAGGAGAAACAGCUCGAAGUCAUGGAUUGUAUCGGAUACCACAUUAUUUACCCGGCUGGUCGAUUUACCAAAAAACGACUGGAGACCGCACUAACUAAACCAGUUAAACCAGGUCUGACAUUUAGAGUGUUCAUGUACAGACCCCAUAUAAACACGAAAGCCGAGGUCAGGUUACAUAGUGCUAAUUCAUGGUGGGCAAUGACAGUUGUUGACGGAAACAAAGUAACAUGGAGUUAUGAUGCUGUACCUGGCGAAAAGUAUGACCUGGGGUUUCCAGGUAUAACUAAAAUUCAAACAGGGUUUUUCUCCCUCGCUAUCCAGACAGACGAACCAAAUAUUCGAGCAAUCUUCAACCGUGUAGAAACCGAAUGGGCGGAUAUGAAAUCUAUAGAGACUCGUGAUUGGAAAAGCAUCAUCCAGGCCUAUGACUGCACAAUACUAUCAAUACACUUGUCUUACGAAUUGCCGAAUGCUCACAUGAAAGCCUCAGGAUUGGGACAAUUUUAUGUUUUCCCAUGUUCCACAUUCAAGAUUGGCAGCUCUUUCAUCUACACAAUGGUCUUCCUUGGAGGAAGUAACGAGCUAAUGUUGACAUUCACAUUUGGAAGCCACGAGAGAAGGGCAAGAAUAAAAUAUUUAAAACUGACUAAAGGUGAAGAAUUCAUCCUCUGCAUUCAAUAUCUUGUGAAGGGAUACCUUAUCUACACAAGGUUUGAUUUGGCUCCAAACUCUGUCCGACACAUUAAAAGUGGCUAUUUGGUUGCUCCGAAAUUCAGUGAUAACUGCUCCAUCCGCAAGUGCGUAGCUGAGUGUGGUCCGGCCACCGACUAAAAAUUCAGAUGCUGUUUUCUUAAUUGCUAGAAGAGUGCUUCGAAAUUUAUAUGACAUCUUUUUUGUCGAAUAAAAGUGAAUACCAGACGUGA